GCGUGCACGCACGCACAAGCACGCGCGCGCGGUACCCCCAGCCGCCCCUCCCCCGCCCGGCAGUGACACCGCCGCGCCCCGCUCGCCCCGUCCUGCCUCCUCCGCGGGACGAGCAGAGGGACAGGGUCGCUGCGUCCGAUACCGAGCAGGUCCUGGGGGGAGACACAGGUGCACGGCCCCGCGCACCGAGGCUUUUCUCUUUCCCUUAGCAUUUUACACUGUGUACCAAAGAAAUGGUGAUGGAGAAGCCAAGUCCCCUGCUCGUAGGGCGGGAGUUCGUGAGACAGUACUACACCCUGCUAAAUAAAGCUCCUGACUUCUUGCACAGGUUUUAUGGCAGGAAUUCUUCUUAUGUCCAUGGAGGACUGGAUGCCAGUGGGAAACCACAAGAAGCAGUGUAUGGUCAAGCUGAGAUCCACAAGAAGGUGAUGUCAUUACAGUUCAGUGAAUGCCACACCAAGAUUCGUCAUGUGGAUGCUCAUGCUACUCUGAGUGAUGGAGUGGUUGUGCAAGUCAUGGGAGAGCUGUCGAACAAUGGGCAGCCCAUGAGGAAGUUCAUGCAAACUUUUGUGCUUGCUCCAGAAGGCUCUGUUCCAAACAAGUUCUAUGUCCAUAAUGAUAUCUUCAGAUAUGAAGAUGAAGUAUUUGGGGAUUCAGAAGGAGAACUUGACGAAGAGUCUGAGGAAGAGGUGGAAGAGGAGCAAGAAGAAAGGCAACCAUCACCUGAACCUGUGCAAGAGAACACGAGCAGUACUUACUAUGAAAACCAUGCUGUAACCAAUGGGAUAGAGGAGGCACUAGAAGAAUCCUCUCAUGAACCUGAGCCAGAAUCAGAGUCUGAAAUGAAAACUGAGGAGCUGAAAGCUGAAGUAGAAGAAAAGACCCUUGAGGAGCUAGAAGAGAAGUCUCCAUCUCCACCUCCUGUAGAACCUGUUUCACUCCCACAAGAGCCACCAAAGGCUUUCUCUUGGGCUUCAGUGACCAGUAAAAACCUGCCUCCUAGUGGUACUGUUUCUUCCUCUGGAAUUCCACCCCAUGUUAAAGCACCAGUCUCACAGCCAAGAGUUGAAACUAAACCUGAAGCUCAGUCUCAGCCUCCUCGUGCCCGUGAGCAGCGUCCCAGGGAAAGACCUGGUUUUCCACCCCGAGGACCUCGACCAGGGAGAGGGGACAUGGAACAGAACGAGUCGGAUAAUCGUCGGAUCAUUCGCUAUCCAGACAGCCACCAGCUCUUUGUUGGGAACUUGCCACAUGAUAUCGAUGAGAGUGAACUGAAGGAGUUCUUCAUGAGCUUUGGAAAUGUGGUAGAACUUCGCAUCAAUACUAAAGGAGUGGGAGGAAAACUGCCCAAUUUUGGUUUUGUGGUAUUUGACGAUUCUGAGCCGGUCCAGCGUAUUUUAGUUGCAAAACCUAUUAUGUUCCGGGGUGAGGUGCGCUUGAACGUAGAAGAGAAAAAAACAAGAGCUGCUCGUGAGCGAGAAACCCGAGGAGGCGACGAUCGUAGGGAUAUUCGGCGCAAUGAUAGAGGUCCUGGGGGUCCCCGUGGAAUAGUGGGUGGUGGCAUGAUGCGAGACCGUGAUGGAAGAGGACCCCCUCCGAGAGGCGGCAUGGCGCAGAAGCUCGGUUCUGGACGAGGCACCGGGCAGAUGGAAGGCCGCUUCACUGGACAGCGUCGCUGAGCCCUCCACUGCGGGCAGUCUGUCUUGGAAGUGGUACAUUAUCCAUCAUGUUUGCAUUCUUGUUAAUUUUUUUUUUUGGCUUUGGAAUGUGACACAGCCCGUCUGGUCAUUUCUUCGAUGUGAAAGCAUCUUUUGGUUUCCAGUUUAAAUUGAGGUGGACGUUCUUUCCCCAGUUUCACAACAGGAGUCAUGCUGUUAAUUUAUAAAUGUAGACUUGGAGAAUUGAGGACUGGAAAAAAAAAAAAAAAAAAAAAAAAGACUGGUUAACUAUCUGCAACAAAAGUGAACUAAAGGACAUGCCCACUAGAAUCCAGGUCCUUUCAGUCCAAAACCCUCUGCUGCACAUUUUGUGUAAGUGUUCCUGUUUCUGCCCAUUACUGUUGGAAACACAAGUAGUGCAAUUUGUGCAAUUGGAGAAGCUUGCCUUUUUUCUUUUUUUCUUUUUCUUUUUUUUUUUUGUCUUUCUUAGAACACUUGGCUCCAAACAAACUCAUGUUUACACACUCAUCCAAAUGCACUAAUGGGUACUCUGGACUCAUUUGUACUGACAGCUGCAGGAGGCAUCGGAGGGAAAGACCUUCAUCCUCUUCCUCAGACAGAAUAGCUUGGGAAACAAUGCGGGCAUCUGAUCUGUUUGCUGUGACCAACAUAUGUACACACACAAACCUUAAUAAGACUAUGAGUUUAUUCCAGAAGGAAUCCAUUUAGCUGUAAACUAAGCAGAACCCUGAGUUUCAAAGUCAUAGCCCUGAGUACACAGCAGGUUCAAUAGCUCAUGUCCAAUUUUUCUACCUGCCCCUCUUCAGUACCGGGAUGGCUGCUCAACACACUCUUUCCCCUCACCCCUUCGAUAAGCAUUGUACAGUGAAAUUUGUCUUGACUGUAUUUGAGUUCUCUGGUAAUGUAAUAAGCAUGAUGGUGCCUUCUCUGAAUACAUCAUUCCAGUCUUGCUGGUGAUUUUGUACAGUAUAGUGUAUGAAUUACUGUGCUGCAAAGCCGAUCGGCUGUAAAGCAUUUAAAGGAAAUUGUGGAAAAAUUGUAUUAAAAAAAAACCCAAUUGCAGUAUCUUUCAAUCAGUAAACGUUGAUGAAAUGAU